GGUGGUUGUUAUGACACCGGUUAUUUGUUUCAAUUGUUAUUCCAGCCUCAUUUUCAAACUUGGAUUGCGCCUCCUUGUCACGUAAUAAUGGCGCAGAAAAUAUGGUAGAGAAAGACUUGUUUCUUCGCCUCUUGGCUUUAAGAAACCAGCAAUUGAAGAGCAAAUAAUUAAACAGAGUGGUAAAUUCUUGAUGUCUUCCUGAUAUGUAGAUGCAUGAAGCUGGUUAAUAUGACUGAUGUUGAAUCACUUUCAGCAUCACUUGUACGUGAAUAUCUUAGUAGGAAGGGCCUGAAACGGUCAUUGAGAGUUCUAGAUGAUGAGUUUCCAAGAAAUGAAGAUAGCAUACGAAACAGAGUAAUUCUUGCAAAGGAACUCAGAAUUGAAAAGUUGAUUAGACUGAACAAGGAGCAAGACACUCCUUUCAGAACAAUGAUUGAGGUGAUGGUAAAGCAUUUUAUUGAAGAAAAACGCGGCAGAGCAUCUUCACGCCAGAACACAGUUUCUGACGAUAGAAACGAAAGGACUAAGCAGCAGUCCAUCUCCAAAGAUGCUGGGAGAGACAAUGUACCUAAAAAUAGCCUUGAACUUGAUAAGCAGUUGGAUUUAGCACUUCGAAUAUCCAAUGACAAUAUCAGUGCUUAUAAACAGCAAGCUGGUCUGAAGACAGACCGAAACAAAGAUUCAUCUCCUUCGAAAAGCAGCACUGUGUUACGACCAGCAAAAAGUUUAAGCGAUAUAGGCUCUAGUAGUGAAUUUCCCAAUGCAAGUGAGAGACAUAAUAGAGGAUCUUUAAAGCCACUUUCAGGAGGCAGCAACGCUACAAGCAAGGCUCGUAAUCAGGGAGCUAUUCAAAAUACCACAGAGAAAAGCCGGAAGACAAAGUCAAAGAAAACGUUGAGUGUUAAUACAAACGGGCUUCUUUCUAAUAACAUUGAUGAUAGUGCGUCACAGACAACUAAAGGCCCACAACUGGAGGACGGCAUAUUGGAAAUCUCUCCUCAGGCCCGUGUGGUUGGAAAGCAGGAUUUGACGAAAACUCAAAGAACUUCGACAGGAAACUCAAUGAUGGACAAUACGUCACUCGUGCAGAAAAAACAUGCAGCAAAGGAAAGAGAAAAGCCUCCUAUGGAUAUCCUUGUUUUUGAUGACGUCGACGAAGAAAUAUCAGCCGAGUCUGAAGAAGUGCAUCUGGGCCUGCCUGCCAACAAGCUCAUUUCAAAACUUCACGAGAAUUCAGCAGGGAUUAGCAUGGAAAGUGCCAUCAACUUGAAAAAGCUUAUCUUUGGCUCUUCAACCAUGUCCUUCAACCAAGAGUGGCGAAACCAAAGUUUCUCUUUUUGCGAACUUCCUGAUUUGGGUUACGGCAUUGUCCAGAUUAAGGGUGGACCUUGUGGUAUUCUUGCUGCUGUUCAAGCAACUAUUUUGAAACAUCUUAUGUUCUCUGAUAACCCAAAAGCACAAUACAACAGGCCACCAGAUCCGUCUGCAAGAGAAAGAACGAAGGCCUUGGUUGAGUCCGCUGCGAAUAUCUUAUGGAGAGCCGGUGGUAGAAAGGGUGCAUCUAUUGUCACACCAUCAGGAAAAUCGAAAUUUCUUGGUGGAGGCAGAUAUAAAACUGACGGUCUUACAGAAACGCUCACGAUUAAUGAUUUCAACUCAGAAGAGAAUUUGAAGGCUUUUAUUUCACAAAACGUUGGUCAGUUUGAGAGUGAGUCGAGCAGUGGCUGUAUUUUACUGUUGUAUUCCUUGGUUUUUUCCAGAACAAUCAAAAGAAUAAAAUCCGAUAUGGAUGAACCAAACGGAACGCUCAUUGGCUCUCAUGGAUAUUGUACACAGGAGCUUGUCAAUCUCUGCUUGACUGGCAAGGCAGUGUCCAACGUAUUUGAUGGAAUCAUGGAAUUAGAUUCAGGAGGAGCGACUAAGUCUCUUCUAAAAGGAAUUGAAAAACAGAGUGAUAUCGGUUUUCUUUCACUAUUCGAGCACUAUGAUUCCUGUAAGGUUGGGGACAAUUACAAGAACCCAUCAUAUCCUAUUUGGGUUGUCUGCAGUGAAAGUCACUUUAGCACGCUAUUCAGCAUCAAUGGACGACUUUUGUGUGAAAGGAAUUUUCCGCAAGUUUUUGACAUAUAUUAUUAUGAUGGUCUGGCAAGACAAGAUGAAGAAAUUCGAUUAACAAUCGACACACAAGAACAAUACGUUGAAGACAGUGACGAUCUGAUACCUCCAUUAGAACAUUGCAUUCGAACUAAAUGGAAAGAUGCAACAGUCGAUUGGAAUACAACAGAGCCUAUACUGUAAAGGUUUGUGUUGAAAGAACGUGCUGCUGAGGCCAAUCUGAUUAGUGUUACCAUUUACUGGCAGUUGGAGCCAUAACCUCAAGUAUGAAAAAGAAACACAGCGGUUUACACAUUAAAGAUUUAUCUUUUCUUUAAGAAAUUUGCAUCAGCUCAUAUACUCCUCUGACCACCAUACCUUUAAGCUCUACAAAUUUGGCAUUAGCCUCCC